AUGCGCGGAAAUGCACUGACCUUUCAUCUUGGCGCAUGUGCUGUUUUUUUUUUUUUUUUUUUUUUUUAACAAUGGCGGUACCCGGAGUGGGUCUGUUGACCCGUUUGCACCUAUGUACCCAGAGAAGAACUCGGGUCCAGCGGCCUGUCCUCAGGCUCCUGAGUUGCCCAGGAACUGUGGCCGAAGACCUCAGGAGAGACGAGCAGCCUCCGGGGAGCGUGGAGACAGGCUUUGAAGACAAGAUUCCCAAAAAGAGAUUCUCUGAGAUGCAAAAUGAAAGACGAGAACAGGCAAAACGGACUGUUUUAAUACAUUGCCCAGAGAAAAUCAGUGAAAAAAAGUUUCUUAAAUAUUUAUCCCAGCAUGGACCUAUUAAUAAUCAUUUCUUCUAUGAAAGCUUUGGUCUGUAUGCUGUCGUAGAAUUUUGCCAGAAGGAAAGUGUACAUUCACUGCAAAAUGAGACUUGUGCUCCAAGCAAGGGCAUCGAGGCAGCAAUUCCAUUCCGGUCACGUUUCUUCAAUCUAAAGUUGAAAAACCAGACUUCUGAACGGUCAUGUGUGCAGAUGAGUAAUCAGUUGCCACCUUCAAGCAAGAAGCUUUUUCAAGUACUUUGUGAUGCAGAAAGUAUUGAUGAUCAGCUGAACACUCUCUUGAAGGAGUUCCAGCUAACAGAGGAGAACACUAAGCUCCGAUAUCUCACCUGUUCUCUUAUUGAAGACGUAGCAGCCGCUUAUUUCCCGGACUGCAUAGUCAGACCCUUUGGCUCCUCAGUGAAUACUUUUGGGAAGUUAGGAUGUGACUUGGACAUGUUUUUGGAUCUCAAUGAAACCAGAAACCUCAGCACUCACAAGACCUCAGGAAAUUUUCUGAUGGAAUUUCAAGUGAAAAAUGUUCCUUCCGAAAGAAUUGCAACUCAGAAGAUCCUGUCUGUGCUAGGAGAGUGCCUUGACAACUUCAGCCCUGGCUGUGUGGGUGUGCAAAAAAUACUAAAUGCUCGCUGUCCGCUCGUGAGGUUCUCACACCAGGCCUCUGGAUUUCAGUGUGAUUUGACUACGAACAAUAGGAUUGCCUUGACAAGUUCUGAACUCCUUUAUAUAUAUGGUGCCCUAGACUCAAGAGUGAGAGCCUUGGUGUUCACUGUACGAUGCUGGGCUCGAGCACAUUUACUAACAAGCAGUAUUCCUGGUGCAUGGAUUACAAAUUUCUCCCUUACAAUGAUGGUCAUCUUUUUUCUCCAGACAAGAUCACCCCCUGUUCUUCCAACACUGGACUCCUUACAAACCCUAGCAGAUGCAGAAGAUAAAUGUAUAAUAGAAGGCAACAACUGCACAUUUGUUCGUGACUUGAAUAGAAUUAAACCUUCAGAGAACACAGAAACAUUAGAAAUACUACUGAAGGAAUUUUUUGAAUAUUUUGGCAAUUUUGCUUUCAAUAAAAAUUCCAUAAAUAUUCGACAGGGAAGGGAGCAAAACAAACCUGAUUCUUCUCCUCUGUACAUUCAGAAUCCAUUUGAAACUUCUCUUAACAUAAGCAAAAAUGUAAAUCAAAGCCAGCUGCAAAAAUUUGUACAUCUGGCCCAAGAAAGUACCUGGAUUUUACAACAGGAAGAUCUAGAUGGACCUGACACAUCAGGCAAUCGGUCCUGGGGCCUGGUAGCCCUGCUGCUACCAUCUGGAGCAAACAGAAAAUCCGUUGGCAAGAAGAAAAGCAAAAAGGCUACAAGUGAAAAAAUCAAAGUCUUGUUAGAAUCCAUAAAAAGUAACAGAACAGAAAAUUUCACAGAUACCAAUGGGAAAAGAAAUGUUAGUACUCAAACAUAAUGGCUGCUAUGUUGUGUAAAGAACUGGUCUUACCUUAUCAAAUCAUCUGUGGACUACUAGGAAAAACUGGUUUGAAACUUUCACAGAUCUCAACUUUCAUCUGAUGUCACUUUUCAUGAUCUUCUCAUUGGCUCCCUUUACCUGGUCUAAAGUUCUGGGAUGUUUUCAGUCUGAUACUCAGUGGCACUUUAUUACAACGUCAGCUGUGGAGUGUGAGUGCAUUCCUGUAGUCCCAGCUGCUCAGGAGGCUGAGGCAGGAGGAUCUCUUGAGCGCAGGAUUUUGAAUCCAUCAUGGACAAUGUAGCAAGAUUCCAUCUCUAAAAAAAUGAAAAUAAACUCGCCACAAGGAACAGUAAAAGAUUAUUGUAAUGUGCUUUAACUAAAUAGAUAAACUGUAUUAAACAAAUGCUAAAACUCAGUUUUAGGAUGAAACCGUUGUUGAUAUCCACAUCAGUCCCUGUUUAGAAAACAUUUAAAAUGACUUUUAAUUGUGCAUAAUAUGCUGGCAAUGAAUACAUUAGCUUCAGAAUUUGGUAGUGCUCUUGAAUAUGUAUAUUUGUAUUUUUCAAGCAAAGUUCUCUUAUUUACAUAUACCUUAAAGUGGGUUGGUACUGAUAUAAAAAAAUGUUUGUGUUUUUAGAACAGACACUUUAGUUACUGCAUUCUUAGGUAUUCCAAGCCAAAUAUGAUGACAUCAGUAGAUUGUAUUUUUUAAAUAUUGUUCGAUUUUUCUGUUUUCAAAAAUAAAACCGUGUUUCUAACUA